UUUCAACUCAUUCUUCCUGAUCUCGACACUGUUUUCAACAGAAGAAAGAAACAAAUCAUGGGUUCUCCGGGUUUCGCCUCGUUGUUGAGUUUUGCUCUUCUGCUGCUUCGUGGGUUCGAUGUUGUCCUGUCUCAGCAACAGACACAAGUCCCCUGUUUCUUCAUCUUCGGAGACUCACUGGUCGAUAACGGCAACAACAAUAGGCUGCUUUCCCUUGCCAGAGCCAAUUACCGUCCUUAUGGUAUCGACUUUCCCCAAGGAAGCACCGGAAGAUUCACCAAUGGCCGCACCUACGUUGAUGCUCUCGCACAAAUCCUCGGAUUCCGAAUGUACAUUCCUCCUUACUCCCGAACUCGAGGUCCAGCCUUGCUUAGGGGAGUGAAUUUCGCGUCGGGAGCAUCUGGCAUUCGAGAUGAGACAGGAGACAACUUGGGUGUGCACAUGUCUAUGAACCAGCAGCUACAAAACUACGAAAGCACGGUUCAACAGAUGGUGAGAUACUUCAGAGGCGAUACCGAUGAGUUGCAGAGGUACUUGAGUCGAUGCAUCUACUACUCGGGUAUGGGAAGUAACGAUUACCUCAACAACUACUUCAUGCCCGAUUUCUACUCUACAAGCUCUGAUUUCAACGACCAGACUUACUCCGACGCUCUCAUCAAGGAUUACACCCGCCAACUAACGCAACUGUACCAAUACGGAGCUCGGAAAGUGAUAGUGACGGCGGUGGGUAAAAUCGGGUGCAUUCCAUACCAGCUAGCACGUUACCACGGUAACUCUACCAGCAGCAAAUGCAACGAGAAGAUAAACAAGGCCAUUGCCAUCUUCAACUCCAAGCUCAAGAAGCUCGUCGAUCAUUUCAACAACGGAGAGUUGCCCGGCUCCAAAUUCGUCUACCUCGACUCCUACAAAAGCUCCUCCGACCUCUCAACCAAGGGAGCCUCCUACGGAUUUGAAGUGAUGGACAAAGGAUGUUGCGGAGUGGGGAGGAACAACGGGCAGAUAACGUGCUUGCCGCUGCAGCAGCCAUGCAAUGACCGUACCAAGUACGUUUACUGGGACGCGUUUCAUCCUACGGAGACUGCUAACAUUCUGUUGGCCAAGUCUACUUUUACUUCCCGAGAUUACACUUACCCCAUCACCAUUCAGCAAUUGGCGAAUCUUUGAUUAGAAUAAGCAGAAACCUUAGUGUAUCCUCCGUAUAUGUAUAAUGUUGUAUACAUAUAUAUGUAUUCUGUAUUUGUGUAUGUACCUGUGCCAAUUCAUGUGCUGUUUGAAAAUAAAUGUUGUUUCUUCUGGUAAA